UGCUUCAGCUCACUCCCCUCUGAUCGCAGGGCUGACGGUCACGACUCUGCUCCACACCUCCGGGCUUUACACAGAGGGGAGGAGGAUCGGGGAAAACACAGGAGCGGGCACACAACUGACCUACAGAGCCAUCGAUAACUUACCCCCCUCGCAUCAGAACAUAGGGGAGGGGAGGGAGGAAGGAGGGAGAGGAGAAAGAGGGGGGGGAGGAGGAGAAGGAAAAAAAAGAAAAUCCAGAGAAUUCUAGUCUUGCAAAUGUAGUGAAACCAAUCGGUUGGAGUUCAUUUGCUCUAGAAGAGCAGAGAAGAAAGAGGACAUUAAAUGAAAAAAAAGCAAGAAAGGUCUGUAGCUUUUUGCCUGAUAGUAGCAGUGUUUUAGAGGUAAAAUGAUUCCUCCGAGCAGCACGAAUGAAGUCAGUGUGGAUGGUGUGGAGAAAGAGAAUGAAGUGGAGCAGCCCCCCUCUCCAGCAUCAACUACCAGCCAGGAAUCAAAGCUGCAGAAGCUGAAACGAUCACUCUCCUUCAAGACCAAAAGCUUGCGGAGUAAAAGCGCUGACAAUUUCUUCCAGAGGACUAAUAGCGAUGUGAAACUGCAGGUAGACUUGAUGCCUGAGGUGAGCACAAGCACUGGGCAGCUCCCCAGCUCAGAGAGCCAGGCGUCCUCCCCCACCAGAGCCCAGCAGCUGCCAGAAAACAGCAAGGCUCACAUCUUCCAGGAGCACAUCUUCAAAAAACCCACCUUCUGCGAUGUCUGCAACCACAUGAUUGUUGGGACAAAUGCUAAGCAUGGCCUGCGCUGUAAGGCUUGUAAGAUGAGCAUCCACCACAAGUGUGCAGACAGUAUUGGACAACAGCGUUGCAUGGGCAAGCUGCCAAAGGGAUUUCGACGGUACUACAGCUCACCACUACUCAUUCAUGAACAGUUUGGCUGCAUCAAAGAAGUGAUGCCUAUUGCCUGUGGAAAUAAGGUUGACCCUGUGUAUGAAACUCUCCGCUUUGGGACCUCCUUAGCCCAGAAAACCAAAAAGGGCAGUUCUGGAAGUGGGUCUGACUCUCCCAACAGAAACUCUACAGCUGACCUGGCAGAAGUUCCUGAGGAAGGCGAUAGCUCUGCAGGCACCCUUGACAUAAGCAGGAAACGCAGCAACAGCGUGUUUACAUACUCCGAAAAUGGCACAGAACACUUUGGAGAAGAACCAAAAAGUACACAUUCCCCGGGACCAUUUUAUAAAAGCAUGUUACAAAUGAACACCUAUGUUGCCUUGUACAAAUUUGUACCACAAGAAAAUGAAGACCUGGAGAUGAGGCCAGGGGAUAUGAUCACUCUUCUGGAAGACUCCAAUGAAGACUGGUGGAAGGGGAAAAUUGAUGACAGAACUGGAUUUUUUCCUGCUAACUUUGUUCAAAGAGUGCAACACGAUGAGAAGAUUUACAGGUGCAUCAGGACGUUCAUUGGCUGCAAGGAACAGGGACAGAUAACUCUGAAAGAGAACCAGAUUUGUGUGACUUCUGAAAAGGAACACGAUGGCUUUAUCAAAGUAUACAGCGGGAAGAAGAAAGGCUUUGUCCCCAUAGACGUCUUAGAAAACAUCUGAUUCCAACAGCCCACUUGCUGCAGUAGGAGCCCUUUCUUGGCCUGUCUGCCUCAUCUCACACUGUGUCAACCCAGAUGGGCUGUCUUGCAGAUGUUCAGGGAAAUAGUGAGAAAACUGCAACUACAAGAAGAAAAAGACAUUUAGACUGCCACAGCAACACUAAGAAAUAAGAAAAGUGGAAUGUUUGAAAGAAAAUAUAGUCAGAAACUGCUAGGGAAAUGAGAGGUCCUUGGUUACUAACAGGAAUAAGGUAAGGAAAAAAAAGUCUGGGCUGAUUUCUGGUCCAAGAUGGCUGUUACAGCCCUGAUGGAGACAGACAGCUUGUUCUGAAGGUCUAAACUCGCGUCCUGUUCUUGUGUCUUAGAAAACUGUUGGACUGCUUUCUUGCUUGAAGUGUGUAUUUAGGGGGGAGGGGGGAGAAUACCAUUCAAACUGUCCUCAUACUACAGUCCAAUGCUUGUAGUAAAGUGUGGCUGUGGUUCUACAGUUUUGUCCCCAGUAUCAACCAAUCAGUUUAAGCGUUUAAUCCUGGUGUUUAGUCUCAUAACAAAGCAGUCUGGAGACACCACGUGAACAUCAGUUCAAGAAAUGCACUGUGCCCUGGAAGUUGGCAGCUUUCUCUUUCUGUGCAAUCUUCCUAUAUGAAAGAGUAGCGAAUUUGUGUGUCCUUUGUUUUCUCUGUAUAUGAACAAAAGCUCUCAGCGUAUGUUGGGCGUGAUGGCUGCUCUUAUAGCUCAAAAAAAUAGCCAGUCCUCUGAUUCACAAGUCUGGAAGUAUCCCUCUGUGUUUCCUACACCUUUCUCUGGUGAUACAGAAAAUAGACGAAAUGCUGGGAGAGCGCCACAGGCUGGAAACGUUUUAUAUUUUUCUGUGUUUAUUGCACUUAAAAGAUUUUAUAUAUUAAUCCUAUUUAUAAAAAAAUAAAAGUUAACUAAACCCCAGAAGACUGAAAAUGCUAGGAAAGGACAGACUGCACACAGAAGUGAUGUC